CUAAACACACCUAGACUCCGUCCUUAAUCCUAACAAGUGGUAUCAGAGCCAUAUUAAGGACAUUGAGAGGAGUCUACAGAAUUGUGAAGACCCUUCUAGACCCACCUUGGCCUGUGGGUGUGCCUAAGUGGUGUUCUAAAGGUUGGAUGUGUCUUCCGCUAAGGGGAAACUCUGCCGAAAUUUCGUGGACGCCGACACUUGUGAAAAUAUCAAGGGAGCUGUGUGUGGACAGCAAAGGGGAGCUGAAAUUUGUCAUUUCUCAAGGAGAAGAUGAAUGAGAGAGGAGGAGAUGCUAAUGGAAGAGGAGCUGUACCUGAGAAGACAAGUGAGCCGCCACCAUCAAAAGUUGAAGCUUUGGAUGGCUCCAAUUAUGAGGAAUGGAGCGGGCGCAUGAGGAGUGCCUUCAAACGCUACAAGCUACUGAAGAUUGCUGUUGGGAAGGAGAAGAUACCGGAAGAAGGCGAAUCACGUGAACGGUGGAUUGAGAAAAGCGCGGUGCUUUUCGAUCUCAUCCUUCAAUCGGUCAACAAGGAGAUGUUCGAACACAUCAAGGAUCUUGUGGAAGCGGAUGAUUCGGGUCCAAGGGCGUGGAAAUUACUACGCGAUGUGAUUCAGCCCAACACUCUCCCGAUGGUGAUCGUGCUCGAGAAGGAACUUGCUGCCAUCUCCAUGCGACCAGGGGACGAUGUGAAGCCGGUCCUUGACAAGAUUAAGGACACCUAUGCAAGGAUGGCAGCAGCGGGCAGCAGUGUAUCUCAGCUGCAGCAGUGCACCAAGAUCAUCUCGGUGUUGGACAAAUCUUGGGACAACCUCAUCCCCACCCUCAACUCUCAGCAAGAUCAAUGGACACCUGAGUGGCUAAGGCAGCAGAUUCUGCAGGAGGACUUCCGCAGACGCCAUGUGGGAGGUGGUGCCUCCACUAAGACUGCUGAGGGGUAUGGAGCUGCAGGGCGCGGCAGAGGAAGAGGAGGUUGGAGAGGCCAAGGCCGUGGGAGGAGCUUUGGCAGAGGUAGAGGCCGAGGUGACUAUAAUGAGGGGCAUGGGAGCUCCAGUGGCAAGGGGAGUACCAGAAUGGAGGGCACCUGCUGGUACUGCAAGAAGGUCGGGCAUCCUUGGUUCAAGUGCUUUAGCAGGCCGGAAGGAUGGGCACCUCCAGGCAUGAAGCCGCCCAGUGGUGAACGCGCACAAGGUGGCGCUGUUAAGGGAGCUAACGGGGAGCUUGUGGGGCUUGGAAAUGUUCUGCUGGUUGAAGGUUUGUCUGCUAACCUUCUCUCUGUGCGACGACUGCAGAAGAGCAAGGCCGAAGUGACCUUUGGACCAACCAGCUGCCGUGCUAAGCUUGGGAAGAAGGUGCUGUGGAGUCUGGAAGAGGAGAACAGCUGCAUCAAGGACCUGUGGCAGCUGCCCAUCAUCCCUUGGAAUGGGAAGACUCCAACAGCAGCAACGGCAGCAGCGGCAAAGGCAACAGCUGGAGGAGAUGCAACUGCACCAACUGAUGGGGUCCUGGAAGCAGUCAAGAAAGUGUAGCAGCAGCAGAUACAUGGUGAGGUGCUUGCUGGUGUGGAUGCGAGUGCGGCAUGGGCUAAGGCUUCAUUAAGGAGUGGAGAGGCCGAUUGGGAGACAUGGCAUGAGAGGCUGUGUCAUGUGAACUUCCCUAUGCUGCAGAAGUUGGUGAAGGAUGGGAGCCUGAAGGGCUUGGAGGUGAAAGGGGGAAUGAAGGAGAUUGGGAGCUGCCCUACAUGCUUGGAGACCAAGU